CCGUACAUAUAGAUAGUUUCUGUCAGGUUUGGGCCGCUCUCUUCGGGGUGGCAGCCUCUGUCUUGCAAUGCAAGGAUUGCAAGCCUACCAGGCUAACAGUAACAGGAAACGUUCGCGGCUGAGGGCAGCAGUACGCGUAAACUAGAAGUGGAGAUUUGUUGUGAACUGAUUCUGAGCUACUGCAUCACUAACGAGUUGCGGUAAUUCCAUCGGAUCGCUAGCAAAUUUUUUUACUUUCUGAUCUGCGAAUUAGAAUUUGGUAUCUGUUCGUUAUGUUGUCUUCCUUCUACCGUGUUGAAGUUUCUCGUUGACCUGUUGUUAGAAUUCAGACAGAGUGCGGUUUCUCAUCUAAUUCGUGGCAAAUCUAUCUUGGGUGAUUGAUUCCUGAUCGAACGGCGUCUUUGGAGUUCGCGAUCCAAGCGAUUUAAUUGUGGAGCAACGGUGUGGGUGUGGACAUUUUGCCAUUUGUGAUUUGAGUUCUCUGUCACAUUAUGCUGAGCGCAAACUCUCCCGAGUUCGUCUGGUUUUCCGGAUUAGUGUUUACUCUACUUCCAGUUAUCGAUUGUGCUGGGACGAUGGGACGAGCGCUCGACAUGAUCGCGGCACCGCUGUCGGAUCGCACCGUCGCAUUGUACGGCAGCGCGACAUUCGUCUGCAAUGUGACAAAGAGCAGCAGCACAUACUGGAAGAAUAACAAAUUCUGUUCCAUUGACUUCAAACAGUGGACCAUUGCAAAGAAUCCCGAUCCACAGUGGAAUAUCACGUACCCGGGUUAUCCGCACGAUCACACCGGACUGCACACGCUGACCUUCAACAAAGUUAGGAUGGAUCAUGCCGGGAAGGUUUUCUGCUUGGCGAAACCACCUCGUGGCAGCACACCGAGUGAAGUGUGGGCUUGGCUGAAUGUUGUCAAUAACCAGAUCAAUCGGAAAGAAGUUUCGCCGGAGAAUGUGAGGAUCGUUGCGGGAAAUCCAGUCAAUUUGACAUGCUACAUCAAAGGCGAUAACUCUUUACCAUACGUAACCUGGUAUCACAACUCAGUGAAGAUGGACCAAGAAUACUGCGCCAAUAACCACUUUCAGCUGACGAACGAAACCGGCCGCAGUGUGCUUCUCUUCGAGGCUGUCGCCGCUGAUCAUCAGACGAACUUCACGUGUAAAGUCCUGAAUAGUACGGCAGGAACCGGGAAUGACGAUCAGUCUGUCAUUGUCGAAUUACCUCCCAUUCGGUUGAAUGUUAAAGCUCCGAGAAGGAAACCCUGGAUAGUCGGUGCGCAGAGGGGUAGCGUAACGAUGUUUGCGGGUGGCGGCGACAAAAUCCAGUGUACCACCCAUUCUGCGGUGGUUCCCCUACAAAUGACAUUCCAGAUGGCGAAGAGCUCCACCGGUCCAUACGAGUCUCUGGGACCUGGCAUCCUGGCGUUAACCGGUCCGCGCAGCGCAAACACGACAUUCUAUUUGAACGAUACUCUUGACCAUCGCUAUAACGGUCACUGGAUUAAGUGCCGACUGUGGGCGGAUGACGGCGGCAAAGCAGACGGCAAGGAAACUAGCGUCAAGUUGGACCUGCUGUUUGGUCCAACGAACGCACGAAUAGACGCCCCGGAUGUCAUGCUGCGCGAACACCUGCCUAAAGUGGUGUGCCACUCGGAUGAGAGCAAUCCCGGCGCCCACAUGUCGUGGAGCUUGGAGAAUGGUCAGCUCGUGGCUCCUCAGCGGCCCAUGGAACACCGAGGCAAAUACGGCGCCACGACCACCUCGGCGACGAUACAGAUUCGCGCCGACAGAAACGCCACCACGGUCACCGUCCACUGCCAAGCUCACAACCCGUUGGCCAACCGUACUGCCCGCGCUUCCCGCAUCAUCACCGUGUCGCCGGUACUGACUGCCGUUGAACCUGCUGACCAAGGGGAAACGACAUCGACGCGAGUCGGUCGACCGUUACAAACGAUCGUGCACGAUGGCCAGACGACGACUGGUUCCGUUCCGUUAAGCAGCGAAACCACAGCCGCGUCUAGUGCACUGUUGGCGGAAUCCAGCACGGCACGGGUCACCAGCGUGGUGGGUGCUGUUACACUGCAAUCUGUUCGAGUCCAGGGUGGCGUUGUCAGGGGGGUUACUGCUGCCCGACCGGCUGUGGAGGCGGUGAAGAAGGUGGCCAUACUGGCCAGUUCUCCGUACUUACCGGAGUGGCUAUUGAUUACCAUUGCCACCGUAUCCGUCGUUGUCGUUUUCUUCUCCGCAUGCUUUGUUACCAUGCUGGUCCUGGAGAAGACGUGUCCUAAUCGGCGUCGGCGCUUCGUGAACCAAGGCACACCAGCGCCUUCUUCCACUAUUAAUACAACCACAGCCAGCGGGCGGAAAGCGGCGAGAAACCAAAAACCGAAACUCGACACCGUGCCCUCCACCAUGCAACGCCGGUGUCUUCUGAGUCUGCAGUCGGCCUUUUGACUCUGUUUUCGCCGCUGCGGCCUUGAUGAUUCAGCAGCGUUACAUUCGCGCCAUGGAUAAUGAAAAUUCAGACAAAUUUGAGGCUGAUAAUGAUAAGAAAGUUUAAAUUUGAUGUUUGAUCUUUUAUCUUUCCAAACUUUGACGGUAACUUUGACGUCAACGCGCUUCAGCUGAUCCUAGCGUUUUUUACUGGAUAAUACUGUGGAUUAUGAGUACUACUUCAGUUCUUGCAAAUGUUAUUAUGUCCACUCCAAAAGCUUACUUCCAGACGUUUGGUACACGU